AUGGGCUCGGUCUCGGACUGCCAGGCGAAUGGCAACCACCAGCCGGCGGCGGCGGCAGAGGCGGAGCAGGUCGUCGAGGAGGGCGAUGCCGGCGACACGAUCAAUGGCAACUACCAGCCGCCGCAGCCGGUGGCUCAGGCGGGGCAGGUCGUCGAGGAGGGCGAUGCCGGCGUGACGAUGGAAGGCGUCGCUUCCAUCGCCUUGCUGCCUACCGGUGCCAUCUCCGGCCAUUUCAUUCGACUCCCGGGCUCCAUCUGCUACGGGCUACACGGCACCCGUAUUCAUCUCUCCCCAUUCCCCCUACAGCUGUUGCUGAUUUGUUCCAAGUUUCACGCUUGA